AUGGUCGGUAGCGGCGCAACGCACGGCAACAUGGCUAGCCUACAGCAGACGAUGAACGGCAACACUGCGGGCGUGGGCGGCGGAGGAGGAGGCGGCAACGGCGGCGGCGGUGCCAGUGUUAGUGACUUUUACGUCGGCAAGACUGUUUUCAUAACCGGAGGCACGGGGUUCAUGGGCAAGGUGCUGCUGGAGAAGUUGCUGAGGAGUUGUCCGGGGGUGGCGAGGAUUUAUUUGCUGAUCAGGCCCAAGAGGGGGCAGGAGGCGCAGGAGAGGUUGCAGCAGCUGCUCACGUCACCGCUGUUCGACCCGCUGAGGAAAGAACGUCCUCUGGAUCUGGGCAAAGUGCACCCGAUCCAGGGCGACAUCACGCAGAAGGAACUGGCGAUAAGUGCCAACGACCGCGCGACGUUGUCGCGAAACGUCAACAUCGUUUUUCACAGCGCUGCCACUGUCAAGUUCGACGAAAAGCUCAAACUAUCGGUCACGAUCAACAUGCUGGGCACGCAGCGUCUGGUGGAGCUCUGCAGGACCAUGGACCAUCUGGAAGCGCUGAUUCACGUGUCGACAGCCUACUGCAACUGCGACCGUUCGGAAGUGAAAGAAACGAUCUACGCGCCGACGAUAGGUCCCGACCAGAUCACCAACCUGGUGGAGAUCCUCGACGAGAACAUGGUCGACUCGCUCACCUCGAAACUGGUCGGCGACCGGCCCAACACGUACACGUUCACAAAAUCGCUGGCCGAGUGCUGGCUCAAAGAGAACAAAGGCGAUUUGCCGUUAGUGAUCGUCAGGCCCAGUAUAGUGCUCAGCACCAUGAACGGCCCUCUCAAGGGCUGGGUGGACAACUGGAACGGACCUACCGGCAUCAUAGCUGCCGCAGGCAAGGGCCUGUUCCGCACGAUGCUGUGCGACCCGGAAAUGACGGCCGACCUAGUGCCGGUCGACGUGGUGAUCAACCUGAUGAUAGUGGCCGCAUGGCGGAUAGGCACCGAGAAGCAGCAGCCGCAGACCUCCAGCACGCAGCAGCACAACGAGCUCGUGAUCUACAACUGCUGCACCGGCAUGAGGAAACCCAUCAAGUGGAAGACGUUCAUCGAUCUCUGCUUCAAGUACAUGAGGAGGCAUCCGUUCAGCGAGGUCACGUGGUAUCCCGACGGUACAGUCACCUCUUGCAGGUCCUUCAAUACGGUUAACAAGUGGCUGCUGCACUGGUUGCCCGCCUACGUGUUGGAUUCGUUCGUUUGGUUGGCCGGCGGAAAGCCCAUCAUGUUGAAAGUACAAGACAAACUGUCCAAGGCAGCGACGUGUUUGGAGUACUUCACGACGAAAGAGUGGCGAUUCGACGACGAAAACGUUCGGAUGUUGAGUUUCACGCUCAACGAGAGCGAUAAACAAGAGUUUUGCUUCGACGUUGCCAAAAUCGACUGGAAAAAUUACAUAGAGAACUACGUACUUGGAAUUAGAAGGUUUAUCUUCAAAGAAGAACUGGAGUCUCUGCCGAAAGCGCGCAAGCAAAUCUCCCGGCUGUACUGGUCGCACCGCAUCAUGCAAGUGGUGUCGGUGAUGUGCAUGUGGCACUUCCUGACCCUGCGCUACGCGCCGCUGCGCAGGCUGUGGAGCAACGCGCUGCGCCUGCUCAUCCACCUGGCGCGCGUGCUGCCGUUCGUGUGA